GGAAGAAUAGUAAGAAAGAAAACAGAAAAGAAUAGAAAAGAAAAAGAAACUAUUAUAAAGAAGCAGCUUUUUGACAGCGGUUAUGAAUGCCUUUAUAUUUCACCCUCUCUCUCUAAAUUACAUCGGUCAAAAAAUGAAAAUCUCAAUGGCAAUAAAAAGUAACGGGUGAAAAAAAAGUGAGGUAUGUUUGCUGUCCUGUCAUUUCAGCUGAUUUGGGCUGGUUUAAAACAAAAGAAAAAAGAAAAACCAAGUAGCUUAGUCUUUGGAUGGGAGACCACCAGAAAAUGUUGGUUUGUCUGCAGAAGACGACAGUGGAUGUCUCCAGGAAUCAAGUUCGACUCAAGGCAGACUUGGUCUUGUGCUGCAGGCAUCCAAACUUUUAUGGAACUGACCUGAGCCGUUCUUGCAUUCCUCCUUCCCCAGUUUACAGGCACAUGUUUGUCUGUCACAGCUAAUUGUUCAGAUAUCUGAGGAUUCCAGCCAGCCACGGUUUCUGCUGCAGCGAAUCUGUUCAGACGGCCGGAGGGUCCUUGCUGCGUCGGCUGCAGCAGCCUCACGAGAGCGCUCUCCCGGGAAUUUGUUACUCCCUUUCACGGAGUUUGCUGGGGCUCAUAAGUCCUCUAAAAGUUUUAUGAGCCGGGGGCCAAAGGCACACAUACCAGCCUUCCACAACCUGAUGGCUCCCAGGGGUAUGGGUGCCCCAGAUCCCAGAAUCCCUUGGGUUUACUCGGGGAAUUCUGGGAGCUGCAGUCCCAACACACUUGGAAGAUGCCAAGGGCGCAGUUGGGGGAGGGCUGGCAUUUCGGAAUGAGACCGUACACCCAGGACGCCUCUCGGCCUCCUCGGAUGAAGUUAACUCUUUCUAAACUUCCUCUCGCCAGGUGGGAAGAGGAGAAACGGGACGAUGGUGUCAAAUGGCAUCAGCUGCAGCAUCGAGGGCCCUACUUCGCACCGCCCUACGAGCCUCUGCCAAGCUCCGUCAAGUUCUACUACAAUGGCAGGUCUGUGAAGCUCAGCCGGGCGGCUGAGGAAGUGGCAACGUUUUUCGCCAAGAUGCUGGACCACGAGUACGCAAGCAAGAAGAUUUUCCGGGACAACUUUUUCUGUGACUGGAUAGAGGAGAUGACUCCGGAGGAAAGGAAGAAAAUCAAAGACCUGAGGAAGUGUGAUUUCAGUGAGAUCCAUAAGUAUUUUGUGGAGAAGCAUGACGCCCAGAAGGCUUUGCCCAAGGAGGAGAAACAGAAGUUGAAAGAGGAGGCAGAAAAAAUCCAAGAGGAAUAUGGUUACUGCAUAAUUGAUGGGCACCGGGAGAAGAUUGGGAACUUCAAGACUGAACCGCCAGGUCUAUUUCGGGGCCGUGGGGAUCACCCCAAAAUGGGAAUGCUGAAGAAGAGGAUAAUGCCAGAAGAUGUCAUCAUAAAUUGUAGCAAAGAUUCAAAGGUCCCCCAGCCCCCGCCAGGCCACAAGUGGAAAGAAAUCAGGUGCGACAAUACAGUCACCUGGCUGGCAUCGUGGACAGAGAACAUCCAGGGCUCCAUCAAAUAUAUCAUGUUGAACCCCAGUUCCAAGUUAAAGGGAGAGAAAGACUGGCAAAAGUACGAAGUUGCUCGCCGAUUGAAAAAGGUGGUUCACCAGAUCCGUUGUCAGUACCGGACAGACUGGAAGUCCAAGGAAAUGAAGAAGCGGCAAAUAUCGGUAGCGCUCUAUUUCAUCGAUAAGCUGGCCCUGAGGGCGGGGAACGAAAAGGAGGAAGGCGAGACGGCCGACACGGUGGGCUGUUGCUCUCUGCGAGUGGAGCACACUGCUCUGCAUCCACGGCAGGACGGCAAGGAGAACGUGGUGGAGUUUGACUUCCUGGGCAAGGACUGCAUCCGCUACUACAACAAAGUGCCCGUGGAGAAGCAGGUGUUCAAGAACUUGCAGUUAUUCAUGGAGAAUAAAGAACCUGGAGACAACCUGUUUGAUAGGCUCUCUACGACAACGCUGAACAGACAUCUCCAGGAUCUGAUGGACGGAUUGACAGCGAAGGUCUUCCGAACUUACAAUGCAUCCAUCACGCUACAGGAACAGCUUGAAGCAUUGACCAGUGAGGAUGACACGCUGGCUGCCAAGCUCCUCUCCUACAAUCGAGCCAACCGAGCAGUUGCCAUUUUGUGCAACCAUCAGCGGGCAACUCCAAAGACUUAUGAGAAGUCCAUGCAAAACCUCCAGGCGAAGAUGGACGCCAAAAAGGACCAGCUGGCCGAUGCAAAGGCGGAGCUGAAAAAGGCAAAGGUGGAACACAAGUGCAAGAAGGAGGCAAAAUCAAAAGCCGCUGUAGAAAAGAAGAAGAAGCUGGUGCAGAAGAUUGAAGAACAGCUGUCAAAGCUGAAAUUGCAAGCCACAGACAAGGAAGAAAACAAGCAGAUUGCACUGGGCACCUCCAAGCUGAAUUACCUGGACCCCCGCAUCACCGUGGCCUGGUGCAAACGGUUUGAUGUGCCCAUUGAGAAGAUUUACAACAAAACUCAGAGAGACAAGUUUGCGUGGGCCAUAGCGAUGGCGGAUGAAGACUUCAUAUUCUAAAGGGAUCUAGGCCACUCCUGGCUUGUUUGGGGUCUCAUUUUUGUGCCCUUGGGAGGGGCUUUUUUGCACACAAAAUACAUCUAAAGGAGAAAGGGGAGCCCGUUGUUUCUUCUUUUGUACGAAAGGGGAGACCGCACUGUUCUAUUUAUUUAUUUGUGUAUUCCACCCCAGUUUGUGAGGACGUUGGGCGGCUCACAAGAAGAACCAUUCUGGAGCAGGACUGGGCAGUGUUCUCCUGGCCUCCUCUUCUAGCUUUCUCAGGGAUGGUCAUAGCGAUGAACUCUGUAAGGACAUCCAGCUGUCUCAAGCUGAACCAUCCAGCUUCUCUCCCAAAGACUCUUAGGAAAAGCCGCUUCUGAACUGGAGGCUGUGUUGGAUAGUGUUCUGUUGCGAAACUCCUCUUCUUGGGUUCUUUGGGGGUAGGCUGUGCAGUUAAAGCCAGUUCUCUCUCCUGGUGCCCUUGAGAUGUGUUUGACUACCAGUCCCAAAGCCACAGUAGCUAAGGAUCCUUGGAGCAGUCAGUUAUAUCUAGAGGAUCUUUAGUUCGGGGAAAGACCAUCAUUUUGUUUUCGUGGCCCACUCAAUGUUGUUUUCUAAUAGUUUGAGGAAAUAGGUGGAGCCCAGGAAGAAAAGGGACUUUUGAAUGCCAUUUUAUGUGUUUUCUAACCAUUUCUGGCAUCCCCAUUGCUCUGUGGUGGUCCUGACUGCCUUACUUCCUCACCCUUUAGUGGGAAAUCUCAAACCUUAGCUAGAACCAGUUGAGUGCCUUCUUUUGGGAGAGAAGACAUAGAGGAAGAUCCCUUCCUCUGAAAUUAGACUGUGGUCAAGGCUUUGUCAGAGAUCCCUUCACAAAUUUGCACCACAAAAAAUAGGCGCCUCAGAGAGUUCCUAGCACAGUUUUGGCUUAUGCACAAAUGAGAAGUUAAAUUUUGUCAUGGAAUGUUUUAGUAGGAAUUGUGCAAAGAUAUCCCAGCGCGGAGAGCAAGUCCUUCAGAACUUUUUCUUUGCAUUAACAUCCACAGCUUAUAGCCAGUGAAUGGUUUAGUAAACAGUGCAGCAAACACCCACGUCUAGCUGAGAGUGACACUUGAAACCAAGGAGGGACACGUGGUCUAGACUGCAAACAUCUGGAGUGAAAAAUCCCAGAGUGUUGUCUGGGGCCAUUGGUAGGCGGAAGAACGUGUUUCUUGCAGAAUUAAUAUUCUGGAUCAUCGCUUCUAAUAAGUGCAGGUUGCUAAUAGUCCUGCAAAAAUGAUGGGUGGUGGUAAUAGGAGUAUUAAAAAUGUUUGUUUCAGUGCAGCAGACUAAACAUGCACGACUUUUAUUCGUUCUAGGCACACACAUACCCUUUUUCAGUUCCCUUUCCUUAAACAAUUCAGCAUUUGAAAUUGGUGUCACCGCUGAUCACAAGUAUUCUUAGGUCUAACAAUUUUCUAGAGUCACAUUCAGGUUUAUUGGGUGCUUUUGUGUGAUCAAGGUAAUUGGCAAGUGCUUCGUUAAAAUGUUAAUAUUUGUUUUGUAAGGGUUUCUGAUUAUGGGUUGAUAAUGAAAAUGGAAAUAAUUCACUCUGGAAUCUCAAUUUGCUUUCCUGGUAAGGCACAGGAAAAAAAAAAUCAACUUUUUCCAGUUUGGUGGCCUCCCAAGCAUUCACCAGGAAUGAAUGCUGUUGGCUGGGGAUGAUGGGAACUUGUUUCCAAUACAGAGAAGCGGGUGUCACUUUGGGAAUGGCAACACAUUUCAUAGUUUAAGUGCCGGCCUUGUUUGGGGUUUUUCUUCUAAGUGGCUGAAUGCAGCCGAGUCCAGUAAAAGAAUCAGCUAAGAAGUUUGCUUAUUAAAAGUAAAAUUAUGCACUGUUCAAUAUUGCAAAUCUGAUUUGGAUAUCUAAAUUCUCUCACUAGUCUGUCCUGCACUGAAGCAAGCAGCGUGGAAUGCUUCUGAGCAUGGAAUUUGCACUUUCACCCAUAGAACCGAUAUGUCAGAAUGUUUUCCUAUGAAAUUGGAACUAUCAUAAUUUCAUGAUGCAUGUUGAUUUCUGUUCUGUUCUAUGUCAUGCAUUCACAUAGGUGAUGGAAAUGUGUUGCAAUAAUGCUCUUUUCUGCUGCUAUUUCCCCAGCAACUCUUUUCUCAUGUUUUGUACUCAAUCCCAAUUGCAGAACCUGUGUUUUUUUAGAAGUGCGCACUGCCCCUGGGCAGUCUUUCUCCUUGGCUGUUCAACAUAGGAUCCAUCUUGAAAUGUAUUUUCUAAGACAGAUAGCAGGAGAAGAGAUUUUUGUUCGAUCGUCCCGGUUUUCUAAUUUUUGCAACCAAUUAAAAUGGUAUUUGUUUGUAAAGAUUCAGACGGUUU